AUGGCAGGAGGAGCAUUUGUUGAUCAAAGCAAAGUGAGACAUUAUGAGGGAAAAGUCACAGUCUUUGUGUUACUAACCUGCUUUGUGGCCGCCAUGGGAGGUCUUCUGUUUGGGUAUGAUCUGGGUAUUACUGGAGGAGUGACUUCAAUGGAAUCAUUUCUGGUCAAGUUCUUCCCAUCUGUGUAUAGGAAAAUGAAGGGCAUAAACCAUGAGAGCACAUACUGCAAAUUUGAUAAUGAACUUCUCACCUUGUUCACUUCUUCUCUGUAUCUUGCAGCCUUGGUGGCUUCUUUUUUUGCCUCCAAUACCACAAGAAUCCUUGGUCGUAAACCCUCCAUGUUUCUUGGUGGAUUGUUCUUCCUUGUAGGCGCAUUAUUGAAUGGCUUUGCAGUCAACAUUGCCAUGCUCAUCAUUGGCCGUCUCUUGUUGGGUUUUGGAGUGGGAUAUUGUAAUCAAUCUGUGCCGGUGUAUUUAUCUGAAAUGGCUCCAACAAAGAUCAGAGGAGCUCUCAACAUGGGAUUUCAAAUGAUGAUAACAAUUGGCAUUCUGAUUGCAAACCUCAUCAAUUACCGAACUGCUAAGCUUGAAAAUGGAUGGAGAAUCUCUCUAGGUGUAGGAGCAGUGCCUGCAUUAUUGUUGUGUGUAGGAUCUCUUUUUCUGAGUGACACACCAAACUCAAUGAUCGAAAGAGGGAAGCGUGAUGAAGCCAAGGCGAUGUUGCAGAAGAUUCGUGGCACCCAGAACGUUGAUGAAGAGUUGCAAGAUCUCAUUGAAGCUAGUGAAGCAGCUAGACUUGUGGAACAUCCAUGGAAGAACAUCUUACAACCUAGAUAUAGGCCUCAGCUCAUCUUCUGCUCUUUCAUUCCCUUCUUCCAACAACUCACAGGAAUCAACGUCAUCAUGUUCUACGCACCAGUCCUUUUUAAAACCAUAGGCUUCGGCAAUGAUGCUUCUCUCAUGUCUGCUGUUAUUACUGGAUGUGUCAAUGUCGUAGCCACACUGGUUUCUAUAUUCUCUGUUGAUAAGUUUGGAAGAAGGAUUCUGUUCCUUGAAGGCGGCGUCCAAAUGCUCAUCUGCCAGAUUUUGGUAGGGGUGAUGAUAGCAGUGAAGUUUGGGAUCAAUGGUGAAGGAUCACUGAGCAAAGGCGAUGCAAACUUCAUAUUGUUUUUGAUAUGUGCGUAUGUUGCAGCAUUUGCUUGGUCUUGGGGACCAUUAGGUUGGUUGGUGCCAAGUGAAAUAUGCUCUCUUGAGGUUCGAUCUGCAGGGCAAGCUAUUAAUGUUGCAGUGAACAUGUUGUUCACUUUUGCUGUUGCCCAAGUUUUCCUCACUAUGCUUUGCCACCUGAAGUUUGGCCUCUUCUUCUUCUUCGCCUGCUUCGUGGUCAUAAUGACCAUUUUCAUUGCUUUGCUCUUCCCAGAGACAAAGAAUGUGCCCAUUGAAGAGAUGAACAACGUGUGGAAGUCUCACUGGUUUUGGAGGAAGUUUGUUCCUAAUGAAGAUCAGGAUGCCAGUCCUUGA